AUGGUUUACCUAAAGUCUUCUCUCCUGGCCCUGCUGGCCCUGCCCCUCUCCGGCGUGUUCGCCGCUGAGGCACCAGUUGACACCGAUGCUUCUGCGCCCGCUCUCAAGGCCGACAUCGAGACUACCUUCCCUGAUGCCGACAUCUUCGGUGUCAAGAUCGUCAACGGUCACCCCACGAAGGCCUUCAUCGAGUUCACAAACAACGAGGAUGCGCCGAUUCAGGUCGCAAUGGUUGGCGGCACCUUGUCUAGCACCAAGGAGCUUCCCGAGGAUGCUCUCCCAACCGACAACAUUAUUCGCAACCUGACUGCUGCCCGCUACGACCUGACCAUCGAGGCUGGCGACAAGAAGGCUGUUCCCUACUCGUUCGCCCUUGACGCCAACCCCCAGGAUGUCCUGCUUCAGCUCAUUGCUGUCGUCAGCAACGCCAAGGGUGACGUCUUCCAGGUCCAGGCAUACAACUCCACCGCCUCCAUCGUCGAGCCUCCUACCAGCAUCUUUGACCCCCAGAUUUCCCUUAGCAUCUUCCUCUAUCUCUUCCUCUCUGGUGCCUUCGCGGGCACUCUCUACUUCGUCUACAAGACCUGGAUCGAGGCUCUGUUCCCCCAGGCCAAGAAGGCCAAGUCCUCCAAGAAGGCGCGCACUGUUAGUGUCACCGUGCCUCUGGCCGACUCUGAUGCCGCCGCCGAGGCCACCUCCACGGGCAAGAGCUACGACGAGAGCUGGAUCCCCGAGCACCACAUUAACCGCCCUGUCGCCAAGCGCGUCAAGAGCGGUGCCAGCGGCAAGCUCAGGAAGGGUGCUGAGUAG